GCUCCGUGGGAAAAAAAGUUUGAGUUUACAAAGUUUCCGACGACUGGAGAGACAGCAGCAGUAGAGCAGGCAAAGAGGAGCAGAGGCGAAUAACCUUGAAACAUUUUCAUCUGUAUAACCAUAGGAGAUGUUUUUCAGCCUUAUGUUAACUUUCUUAAGUUAGAAAAAAAAAUCACUGCAGGCCUAAACUGUUUUGGUGAAAACAGGCCUCUCUUCUUUUUUAGCAGCUUCGUCUGGGUGUUUUGAGGCGAGAACACCGUCGCUUCUCCCCUUCUCCCAACUUUUUUCCGCCGAGCGAAAUGAGCAACAACCCAGUCCAGCCUCUGCCGGGCCAUCAAGUCAUCCAUGUGGCGAAGGACCCGGACACGGACCUUGAGGCGCUCUUUAACGCGGUCAUGAACCCCAGGCCGAGCUCCUGGAGGAAGAAGCACUUGCCCGAGUCCUUCUUCAGGGAACCGGACUCAGGCUCGCACUCGCGUCAGUCUAGCACGGACUCGGGCAGCGGACCGGCCAGGCUGGCGGCGCAGCACGUGCGCUCGCACUCCUCCCCCGCAAGCCUGCAGCUCGGCCCGGGGGCAGGGGCAGGAGCCGGACCGAGCCCUUCUCACCACGUACACAUCCGUCACCAGUCGUUCGAUGUCACUGAUGAGCUGCCACUGCCCCCUGGGUGGGAGAUGGCCUACACUUCCAACGGUCAGAAGUAUUUUCUCAAUCACGUGGAGAAAAUCACCACGUGGCAUGACCCUCGGAAGACCAUGACGGCCAGCAUGAAUCAGAUGAGCCUGCACGCUCAGGCAACCAGCAGCACCGGCAAUGUACAGCAGCGCUCCAUGGCCCUGUCCCAGCCAAACCUCGGCCAGCUGCCGGAAGGUUGGGAGCAGGCAGUCACCCCUCAGGGAGAAAUUUACUUCAUUGACCACAAAACCCAGAGCACAUCGUGGCUCGACCCGCGUGUGGACUCUCGCUUCAUGAUGUCACAGCAUCAACAACACCAACAGCAUCUCCAGCAUGUCCAGCAGCAGCAGCAGGCACAGGUGCAGGCCCAGUCUCAGGCCCUGGGCUCCAGUGGCUCUGUGCCCCAGCAGCAGAGCGCUCAGCCUGGCAUGAUGAACAUGGCUAACUCCCUGAGUGCACAGCAGCAACACCAACAGAAGAUGAGGCUGCAGCGCAUCCAGUUGGAGAGAGAGCGCAUUCAGAGGAGGCAGGAGGAACUGAUGAGACAGGAGGUGGCGCUCUGCAGACAGAUGCCCAUGGACUCAGACAACAUGGCGCCCGUGGCUCCUGCCAUCAAUCCAGCUCCGAUGAACCAGGGCAACAUGCCCAGCAGUGGCUCAGACCCUUUCCUGAACAGUGGACCGUACCACUCACGUGAACAGAGCACAGACAGUGGCCUGGGCUUGGGCUGCUAUAGCAUCCCCACUACUCCUGAGGACUUCCUCAACAACAUGGAGGAGAUGGACACAGGAGACAGCAUGGUGCCAGUCAACAUGAACGUGCCUCAGCAAAGCCGGUUCCCUGACUUCCUUGACUCCAUGCCAGGCACUAAUGUGGACCUGGGCACUCUGGAGGGCACAGACCUCAUGCCCAUCCUCAGCGAUGUGGAGUCUGUCCUGAGCAAGAACGAGCCCUUUCUCACCUGGCUCUAAAGUUUUGUCAGGCCAAUGAAAGGCUAAAGACUUUUAGCACCUGGGCUACCUUUCUGGAUUUUAAUUCAAUCAGUGUCUCCCAGCUCUCUUAUUUGUAAUGUGUCUGUUUAAAUACUGAGCAAAGAGGGCAAUAUAAACCAAAGUGUUCAGCCUAAGAACAAAAAAAAUAUAUAUGAACAUGUGUCAAUCAAAUUUGUUCAGGUAGAGUGUGCUCAAUAGAACAAAAGUUGGAUCAUUUUGUAUAUACUGUAGGAUAGAGUAGAGUUUUACCUCCACUGUGUGUAGGUCGAUCAAAUAUGCCAUUCCUCUGUCUAUGGACAUGAUUGGGAAAUGUGGUUAUUCAUAGAGUGAGUGUGGCUGUCAGUCUCCUUGUUGGUGUUAGCACUGGGACACUUGAUAGCCACCAGCAGAGGGAGCCACUGUCUCCACUAUAAAAUGGAGACCGUAUAGGCUUCAGUGAUGUUGGCAAACACAUCAGCCAAUUCAACAUUGGGGUGCUUUAUUGUUCAACUAAGCGGCCUUAUGAACAAAGUUGGUUUCCUUUUCUUUACAGAUACCAAAUAUGUUUCCUACUGUAUUCAUCAUGACUCUAAAAGCUUUAAGUUGUGACUUUGUAGUCAGUUUAAUUUUUAAAGAAGCAAUAGUUUGUCUGCAUUUCCAAGUUUGUACUUAAGCUGAUUACAGUUAGCUAGCGUAUCAAGUAAGCUCAUGCCUCUGAAAUGCGACAGUGUGCAUUUGUAGACAUACAUUUUAUACCAUGUACUUUUUAUGUACUGCUACAGUAUUCCUUUUUUUUUAGUAAAAUACCCUAGAUGUGUCCCUUGGCAUCUGGUGCAUUUUAUGACUUUUGAUAUAGAGUUUGCAUUUUAGUAUUUAUCAAGAGCUAUGAUUUUAAUAGAGUUUUAGGAUUUUUUUAUGAAAUUGAAAUUUCAAAGCACUACAAAUCAGUGAGGGAUUGAGUUAGAUCUUAAAUGUUGAAGUUAAGAUUUUCAUAUAAGGUUCCUGCUUUGUGUGUCUUCACUGUACUGUGAGGCUUUCUGUUGGUCUUUGGCGUAGUGGGACUGCCUCCAGUGCAGUGGUGAACAGUUUUCCAUAGUAUCUGCAGGGAGUAUGCAACAAAAUAGUAUUUUCUAAAGCCAGAGAUUAUUAUGUCUGAGUUUGGGGGAUUGAAAGAACACUCAAACUGGAUGAGCAUGGGUGAACACAUGAUCUUGCUUUGUUUCUUAAGCCCAUCUGAAAUCCAGUGACAUUUUCUAUAUCAGCCUAAUGUUUUUGUAUUGGAUGUUAAAUAAAUUGUUUUCUAUUCCUAGCUUUGGUGGCAUGUAGACCCACCAUAUAGUGACUAAGCAGCAUAUUGUUAUUUUGUAUACUGGUGACAGUUGGGGGGGGGCGGCGGUGGCGAGAGGUGAAUCUGUGGGGUUUUGGGAAGGAGUAAUUGUAGGUCAAACUGAGCUCAUGACAUCCUUCAGACAGGAUCGAAUGGUUAAGUACUGGGUAAGAAGAGUGAGUACAUGCUGGAACCCAGAUGUCCACUUUCUUCAGAGUCUCACUUUGUGAAACGGUCUUGAGCCUUUGGUCAACAGCUAAGCAAUUGAGAUCCUUCAUAACAGAGCGGCUACUGAGUGGCUACUUGUUAUUUAGUUCUAAGUAAUGAGCUGUUAUUCCAGGGCUAAAGAAGAGGAUGCUAGUGGAACAAGGGGGAGUGUGGCGCACAGGUCAUUGUUCACGUUUGGACAACGGGCAUCGUGUUCGCAUCUGAUCAUCUGACCAUGUUAAAGCAAAACAUUUUCGUGAUGUGUCUUUCAAAGUGAACAUGGGUAUGAAAAUGAAUAAAGGCCAAAGUCUGAGUGGCCAUGAAACAUGUGGUGUGGAACACGUUGUUUAUGAGUAGUUUAUUGAGUGGUAUGGAAUGGGCAGUUUUCUGUAGCAUUAUGUAUGACACGGUUGUAUAGCACGCUGCUUAGCAACAGUAGCAUGGGGAGGUUUUGUUUGUUAGAAUCCAGGGUAUGUGGACAUUGAAAGCAUGCUGGGAGGCUCGGAAAACCCACAUAUACACACUGAAACAAAAUGACAGUUUACUGUAUUUGGGGGAAGUAUGGAGAUGAUUCUGAGAACUAUAACCUCACAAAGAAAUCUCUGACAAUGACGUGUAACUUUUUGAGAAAAAAAAAUAAAAGGUGUUACCACAAAUG